AUGAAUUCUUCUUCAUUAACACCGGAUACAAUUUUCAUGUUACUACUUUCUUUACAACGCAUUUCUCGUAAUUUAUCUCAUGUACUACAUACAUUGGAUGCUGAUCUUAAUUCAUUCCGACAGUUACUGACAGAAUUCACAUCAUCGUCUAUUAUUGGAUCUUCAUCUUCGUCCAUCAUCGAAGAAGAAGAAGAAGAAAUUAAUGAUUAUAUUUUAGAGAAAAAUGAAGACUUUUAUGAAGAAUUAUUUGACGAAAGACUUGAACCGAAACCAAAACGUGUUACAAGACUUUGA